CCGCACCCUGGGCUCGCCGCCUCCGCGCCCCGCGCCCCGCACCAGGCGCCCCAGCGGGCGCAACGCACGAUGCCGCAGCUGGACUCGGGCGGGGGCGGUGCGGGUGCUGGCGACGACCUCGGCGCGCCCGACGAGCUGUUGGCCUUCCAAGACGAAGGCGAGGAACAGGACGACAAGAGCCGCGACAGCGCCGCGGGCCCCGAGCGGGACCUGGCCGAGCUCAAGUCCUCACUGGUGAAUGAGUCCGAGGGCGCGGCCGCAGGCGCCGGGGUCCCGGGUCCCGGCGUCCGGGUGCACGGAGAGGCCGAGGGAGCCCCCGAGGCCCUGGGACGAGAGCACACUUCGCAGAGACUUUUCCCGGACAAACUUGCAGAGUCCCUAGAGGACGGCCUGAAGGCCCCGGAGUGUGCCAGCGGCAUGUACAAAGAGACUGUCUACUCUGCCUUCAAUCUGCUCAUGCACUACCCACCGGCCUCCGGAGCAGGGCAGCACCCCCAGUCUCAACCCCCGCUGCAUAACAAGGCUGGCCAGCCCCCACAUGGCGUCCCCCAACUUUCUCCACUCUACGAACAUUUCAGCAGUCCACACCCCAACCCUGCACCUACGGACAUCAACCAGAAGCAAGGAGUUCACAGGCCGCUGCAAACCCCUGAUCUCUCUGGAUUUUACUCUCUGACCUCAGGCAGCAUGGGACAGCUCCCCCACACUGUGAGCUGGUUCACCCACCCGUCCUUGAUGCUGGGAUCUGGUGUACCUGGACACCCAGCAGCCAUCCCUCAUCCGGCCAUUGUACCCUCCUCAGGGAAGCAGGAGCUGCAGCCAUAUGACCGAAGCCUGAAAACACAAGCAGACCCCAAGGCAGAGAAGGAGGCUAAGAAGCCAACCAUCAAAAAACCCCUCAAUGCUUUCAUGCUUUACAUGAAGGAGAUGAGAGCCAAGGUCAUUGCAGAGUGUACACUCAAGGAAAGCGCUGCCAUCAACCAGAUCCUGGGUCGCAGGUGGCAUGCACUAUCUCGAGAAGAGCAGGCCAAGUACUAUGAACUGGCUCGCAAGGAAAGGCAGCUGCACAUGCAGCUAUAUCCAGGCUGGUCAGCGCGGGAUAACUACGGAAAGAAGAAGAGGCGGUCAAGGGAAAAGCAUCAAGAAUCCACCACAGACCCUGGCUCGCCUAAGAAAUGUCGUGCUCGCUUUGGCCUCAACCAGCAGACGGAUUGGUGUGGUCCGUGCAGGAGGAAAAAGAAAUGCAUUCGGUACUUACCCGGAGAAGGCCGCUGCCCCAGCCCCGUUCCUUCCGAUGACAGUGCUCUAGGCUGUCCCAGGUCCCCAGCUCCCCAGGACUCACCCUCUUAUCUUCUGCUGCCCCACUUCCCCACAGAACUGCUUGCUAGCCCAGUGGAGCCAGCACCAACAUUCUCAGGUCACUCUGCAGCUGUCACUCUUCCAGCUCCUGAGUCCCCAAAGACCCUCCACAGCACCCUCCAGAAUACACAAGUACAGCAACAGGAACCUCAGAGGCAGGCAGCCUAGCACACACAGGACACCUGGCUUGCUUCAGGGGCCCACCCCUAACUCAAGAGGAGGCAACAGCAAGACCAGAUCACGGAACUGGUUAGGGGUUCUCUCCAGGUGCUGAAGAUUUCAAAGGCUGCUUAAACUACUCCCAGAACUGGAGGCCAUCAAGUCACGUGGUAGGGAUCACAUCUGUGCAGCUGUAUCGUCUCCCGAAGGGCAUCCUGGUACCAAUGGUAGCCAUACCUUUUCUUUUUGUCAUGCCUUGCUAGCUGGAUGCCCCUACAGUUUUUUGGUUUGGUUUGGUUUGGGUUUUUUUUUUUUUUUGCUGCAGGUCAGAUGAGUUGGACUGGCGGAGUUCAGCUGCCUUCUCUACAAAUGCCUGUCCUCUACCACACCUUCUCCAUGCCAAUACUUCUUGGACCAAGAAUACCUGCUUUAUCACACAAGAUGAUUUUGUGGUUGGUCACCAGCCACAAAAGUCUAAAUAAUGCUUCUCUCUUAAGGAGCAGAGAAGCUCUGUUUACAAAGAACAGCUGCUGUUCAUAAGCUGGGUCAGAGGAAGCUUCUUACUGUCUUCCCAGGAGCUUGCAAGAGGAGGAAAUGGGAUAGGUUAGGUUUAAGGUCUUUCAGCCUAGGCAACAAAAUACCAACCCUGCCUACUGGUGGACAGUACAGUACUCAGCUUUAAUUAGAACGACUUGGAAAUCUUUCCUGAGAAACUCACCAGCCUUAGAAACUAUAGUCAAUAAAUUGAAGUUGGCUUAACUCCAGUGCGCACCCUCCCCAGUGCCAUUUCCAGGCUCAUCUAUGUCAGCUGAGUCACAGCUCCUAGGAAGCUGUGGGAGAGCAAAUCCCAAAUCCCCCAACCACCAGAGCCCAUCUUUCAGCAUUUAGAACUGGCCAGCUUCAGUUUCUCUGUGGGGCGGCAGGAAGGAAGAGAUGUUACAACUAAAGCAAGGAGUCCAUAAAACCUCUUGUGAUGGGCAUGGUUCUUUGCCACAUUCUAGAAACCCUUUUUGAGCCAAACUUAACCCUGAGCCUUGAAAAACAAGUUUUUUUGUUUAACCUUUUUUAAAAUUCUUUUCACUGUAUAUAGCCUGAAUCCAAAGAAAAGGGGCUACCAAUAUAUUCUACAAACCUUAAAAAAAAAGCGCCUUAGUUCCUACUUUAACCACUGGUUUCUCAAUCCAAAGAUCAUGUUUCUAGUGUAGUGUUACAAGUGUUGAAAAGAUUGCUGGAAUGUGGUGGGUCACACCUCUAAUCCCAAUACUUGGGAGGUAAAGGCAGGUGGAUCUCUCUGAGUUCCAGGACAGCCAGGGUUGUAUAGAGAGACCUUGUCUCAAAAAGGAGAAAAAAACCUGAUGUAGUGUCCAAAAUAUUUUUGUAUUAACGCAUUAUCAUAGAAAAACUUUUUUAAGCAAGAGAAUAAAGAUACUUUUUACUGGGUUUGUUUUUCAAAGCCUGACUGAGUAAUAAGCUGAUUCAAUUAACAGUGCCUUCCUAAUGCUCCUUUUCUUCUUAGCUGUCACCAAACAUGGAGUGUAUUCCCUGUGUGUACAAAGAUCCCAAGACUGCCAAGCUGCAAAAACCAAAAAUCACUCUCAGCAUUUCCUACAGGGGCUUGGUCCUGAUCACCACAGCUAA